CCCGAAUACAAAUAGAAAAUACUAAACAAAAACAAACUUUUUCACAGUUUGUUAAUAAAAUUAAAGACAACUCCAAAGUUAUUGGCAGAUAAGUUCAACUACAUGGAAGGAAUCCUUUGGAAAUGGACGAAUUAUUGGAAUGGUUGGCAAACAAGAUGGUUCAUUCUAGAGAAUGGUGUCCUAAGUUAUUACAAAUCUCAAGAAGAGGUGUUCCAAGGAUGUAAAGGAUCUAUCAAAAUUCAAGCCUGCCAAAUAAACGUGAGUCCAAUUGACCAUACCCGUAUGGAUUUAGUAAUACCAGGUGAACAGCACAUGUACUUAAGAGCAGCCACAUCUCAAGAAAGACAACAGUGGCUGGUGGCAAUGGGAACUGCGAAAGCUUGUGUGCAUACCAGAAAAGGCAAGGAAAAUACAAAAUCUCCAGAUUCCCUUAAAACCAAGAAGUCUGAAUUAAAACUGUAUUGCGAUUUGAUUAUGCAACAAGUUCAUGUGAUUAAAAACUCUGCAUUGGCACCUGAAGGUCCACAGAUAGAGAACAUGGAUGAAACUACAAGAUUAUUAGGAGCCACGUGUGAUACAUUCAUUGAAACCUUGGAUGAAUGUAUAAAAUUGUCGGCAACUAAUGUAUGUCAAAUGCCUAUGGGUAACGAGGUUAUUUUGCCACCAGCGAACACAAAAAAAAUAUUAAAUCGAUCAAAUUCAGGAAAAACGUAACUUCUGAAAAUAUUUAAUAUUAAAUUUUUUACACAUUUUUAUUGUUAAAUUAGGUACGUUUAGAUAAAGGUUGUUUGGGUUUUUAAAAAAACCUCUACCAAAAGAAAUCCGUCCCUUGGCUAUAAAAGAAGGGAUUAUAACUUUUCAAAAACCAUAAUAAACCAGUCAGAAUCUACUUUGAAUGAGAAGUUUCAAAAACUGUGAUUUUUUCAAAGGUGAUUUAUUUUUUAUUCAUUGGAAAACAAAAAUCCUAAAUAUAAAAAUAUCACAAGAGGUAGAAAUGCCCAUUCGAAAAGAACAUGGGUAUAAUGUCAAAAGCUUGUGGAAAAUUAAGAUAGGAAAAAGGAAAGGGCAAAAUGUUUUAAUAGUAUUUCUUCUGAAUUUUCAACCUGCAAAAAUAGUUGACGAGGACGAAUAUAUAAAAUAUAUUCAUAGUUUCUGCAAAAUUCUGAAACAGCAAUAAUUUAAAAGAUUCAUUUAAAAUAACUGCAAGUUUGUUAGAUUUUGGGAACAUAGUGGCAAAAUUACACCUUCCAAAUAGUUUUAAAAAGAUCAAUCAAACCCAUAACAAAAAUUUCAAAAAAUAGAUCUUUUUCCGCUUUUCAAAUAGGUGGAAACUAUAUUGUAAAUUGCAAUGGCGGUGAUUAUCUCAACCUCAACUUUUUAGGAUUUUCGUAUAAGUAUUAUAAUAUAGUAUUAGACCUAUAAACUGCAACAAAAACUUCCUCAUAGGCCUUAUUUUUUUAACUUGUUGGCCUGGCCUAUAAGUACAGUUCCUUAUUCUACAUAAUAAUAUAUUAUGUAGUUGAUAAACAAUAUUUUUUAAAUUUAAAAUGGGAAAGACUCCAAUAGUUAAAUAUUCGAAAGUAUAAAAGAAAAAUAUACAUAGUCUUUAGAUAUUUAGGUUAGCCAGAUAUUAUUUUCCAAUAAGUAUUUACAUAUUGUUUGUUGUUAAUAUGUAUUUGUUUUCUAUUAUGUUAAACUGGCUGUUCGAAUAGUGGACUCUAAUCUCUUGAAGCCAAAGCAUAAGUUAAUUUUGUAAAAAAAAUAGUAGUUAUUUAUACGAGUACAUUACGUAAAUACAUUUUUGGUGACAAUUAACAGGAGCAGUAGAUGUAAUAGAUAAUAUACCAUUUGAGCUCGCUAACUAUUUCUUAGUGACCUGUUUGCGAUUUUUUGUUUAAAUGUUUUUUUUUUUUGUUUUUUCCAAUGUUAUUGUUACAUAAUUAUUGCACACUGGUGUCUUUUCAGCAUUAACGAGUGUUCUAUCUGCUUUGCAUCCAAUAAUGUAUUUUCGUGAUUACAAUAAAGCAUUUGAUAUCUG